AUGCUUGUUGACUGUGACUUGACUACAGCCGUGACAGAAAGGGCUAGGGACACAGACUACACCUGUGACUUCAUUGGUGGAGGAUGCUACUACAUGAGGAAAUUCUGUCUACAAAUGCAGUCUAUGCAAGCAGCAAGAUGCCCUACAGACGAGUUGUCAUUGAGCAACUGUGCAGUUGUGAAUGAAAAGGACUUCCAGUCUGGCCAACAUGUGGUUGUGAGGACCUCACCCAAUCACAGAUACACAUUUACACUGACGACUCAUUCAUCAGUCGUUCCAGGCAGUAUCGCCUUCAGCUUACCCCAGCGAAAAUGGGCCGGACUUUCUAUUGGGCAAGAGAUAGAAGUUUCCUUAUAUUCAUUUGACAAGACAAAGCAGUGUAUUGGCACAAUGACCAUCGAGAUUGAUUUCCUACAGAAAAAAAGCAUUGAUUCCAAUCCUUAUGACACUGACAAGAUGGCAGCAGAAUUUAUCCAACAGUUCAACAAUCAAGCCUUCUCAGUGGGACAACAGCUUGUGUUUAGCUUCAAUGAGAAGCUUUUUGGUUUGUUAGUGAAAGAUAUUGAGGCCAUGGACCCCAGCAUCCUGAAGGGGGAACCUGCUACAGGGAAAAGACAGAAGAUUGAAGUCGGUCUGGUUGUUGGAAAUAGUCAAGUUGCAUUUGAGAAAGCAGAUAAUUCUUCUGUCAAUCUUAUUGGUAAAGCUAAAACCAAGGAAAAUCGACAAUCUAUCAUCAAUCCUGACUGGAACUUUGAAAAGAUGGGAAUAGGAGGCCUGGACAGGGAGUUUUCAGAUAUAUUUCGUCGAGCUUUUGCCUCCCGAGUAUUUCCUCCAGAAAUUGUUGAGCAGAUGGGUUGCAAACAUGUGAAAGGUAUUUUGUUAUAUGGGCCCCCAGGCUGUGGUAAGACCCUUUUGGCUCAACAGAUUGGCAAGAUGCUGAAUGCGAGAGAACCCAAGGUCGUCAACGGGCCAGAAAUUCUUAACAAAUAUGUCUGGGAAUCAGAGGCAAAUAUCCGUAAACUCUUUGCUGAUGCCGAAGAAGAGCAGAGGAGGCUUGGAGCUAACAGUGCUUUGCACAUCAUCAUCUUUGAUGAAAUUGAUGCCAUCUGCAAGCAGAGAGGGAGCAUGGCUGGAAGCACAGGAGUUCAUGACACUGUUGUCAACCAAUUGUUGUCUAAAAUUGAUGGCGUGGAGUAACUAAACAACAUCUUAGUCAUUGGAAUGACCAACAGACCCGAUCUGAUAGAUGAGGCUCUUCUGCAACCUGGUAGACUGGAGGUUAAAAUGGAAAUAGGUUUGCCGGAUGAAAAAGGUCGGCUGCAGAUCCUUCACAUUCACACAGCAAGGAUGAGAGGACAUCAGCUCUUAGCUGCAGAUGUGGAUAUUAAGGAACUGGCUGUGGAGACCAAGAACUUCAGUGGUGCUGAAUUAGAGGGUCUGGUUCGAGCUGCUUAAUCCACUGCAAUGAAUAGACAUAUUAAGGCCAGCACUAAAGUGGAAGUGGAUAUGGAAAAAGCAGAGAGCCUACAAGUGACAAGAGGAGACUUCCUUGCUUCUCUGGAAAAUGAUAUCAAACCAGCAUUUGGAACAAACCAAGAGGAUUAUGCAAGUUACAUCAUGAACGGUAUCAUCAAAUGGGGUGACCCAGUCACUAGAGUGCUAGAAGAUGGUGAGCUGUUGGUACAGCAGACUAAAAACAGUGACCGAACACCUUUGGUUAGCGUUCUUUUGGAAGGGCCUCCUCACAGUGGAAAGACAGCCUUAGCAGCAAAGAUUUCAGAGGAAUUCAACUUCCCCUUCAUCAAGAUCUGUUCCCCUGAUAAAAUGAUUGGCUUUUCUGAAACAGCCAAAUGUCAGGCCAUGAAGAAGAUCUUUGAUGAUGCAUAUAAAUCCCAGCUCAGCUGUGUGGUUGUGGAUGACAUCGAGAGACUUUUAGAUUAUGUCCCUAUUGGACCGAGAUUUUCCAAUCUAGUAUUGCAGGCCCUUCUUGUAUUACUGAAGAAGGCACCACCUCAGGGACGCAAGCUUCUCAUCAUUGGUAUUACCAGCCACAAAGAUGUCCUACAGGAAAUGGAAAUGCUUAAUGCUUUCAGUACCACCAUUCACGUGCCUAACAUUGCUACAGGAGAACAGUUGAUGGAAGCUUUGGAGCUUUUGGGUAACUUCAAAGAUAAAGAACGUGCCACUAUUGCCCAGCAAGUCAAGGGAAAGAAGGUCUGGAUAGGAAUCAAGAAAUUACUAAUGCUGAUUGAGAUGUCACUACAAAUGGAUCCUGAAUACCGUGUGAGAAAAUUCCUGGCACUCUUAAGAGAAGAAGGGGCUAACCCCCUUGACUACGAUUGAAUGUGGACUGUCUGCUGUGCAAACUGACCAAGGGAAGUGA